CGCACCGGGCGGGCCAGGCGAGUGGCCAUGGCGGGCGCCGAGUAUGGGCCGAGCCAGCACCCGGAAUUCGACGAGGACGAAGGGGCGGCUUGCCGGCGCUGGGGCGCGCAACACGCCGGGGCCCGCGAGCUGGCCGCGCUUUACUCGCCAGGCAAACGCUUCCAGGAGUGGUGCUGCGUGAUCCUGUGCUUCAGCCUCAUUGCCCACAACUUCGUCCACCUCCUGCUGCUGGCCUGCUGGGAACACGCGCCUCUCGUCAUGCUGGGCGUCGUUGCAGGGGCUCUCAUUGCUGACUUUCUGUCCGGCCUGGUGCACUGGGGUGCCGACACAUGGGGUUCCGUGGAGCUGCCCAUCGUGGGAAAGGCUUUCAUCCGCCCAUUCCGGGAGCACCACAUCGACCCAACGGCCAUUACACGGCACGACUUCAUUGAGACCAAUGGGGACAACUGUCUGUUGACACUGCUGCCGCUGCUAAACAUGGCCUACAAGUUCCGCACCCAGAGCCCUGAAGCCCUGGAGCAGCUAUACCCCUGGGAGUGCUUCGUCUUCUGCUUGAUGAUCUUUAGCACCUUCACCAACCAGAUCCACAAGUGGUCGCACACAUACUUCGGGCUGCCACCCUGGGUCACCCUCCUGCAGGACUGGCACAUCAUCCUGCCGCGGAAACACCACCGCAUCCACCACGUCUCGCCCCACGAGACCUACUUCUGCAUUACCACAGGCUGGCUCAACUACCCCCUGGAGAAGAUCGGCUUCUGGCGACGCCUGGAGGACAUCAUUCAGGGCCUGACGGGCGAGAAGCCUCGGGCGGAUGACAUGAAAUGGGCCCAGAAGAUCAAAUAACUCUCUGAGCCUGCCACCUCGUUGCCAACCUUCCCUAGCCCCCCCAAACCGAAGCCAUCUGCCAAACUCCAGCCUCCUCGCCGCUAGCCCCUCCGAUGGAGAGGACGCCUCCUGGGCUGGGCCCAGGCCCCCCAGUCAACCCCUUGUGACACAGAAUACUUGAGCCACUGACAGUUUUUUUCUGUUUUCUUUCCUUUGCCCCUCCCCAGCCACCUGAGCUCUAUCUGCCAAGCCUCUGACCCGCAGAAAAAGGAGCCCCGCCCUGCCACCCGUCCCUGGGUAGAUAGGGCACUCACCCACCCCUGCACACCAGCUGCCCCCCAACUCACUGGGCAGCCCUUCCAUGUGGCUAGUGUUGGGGCCAUUGAGUCAUCUUUUUCUGUCCCCAGUGGUUUGGGGAGCUGCUGGCAUGCCUGAGUGUCCACGGAGCUGGCCCUGCAAACUGACCCCAGAGCAGCAAAGCUCAUUGAGGGUCUCUGAGGUCAGGUGGACAAGAGAGACCGGAGUCCCCUGACCAAGUGUAGACCUCCUCCCCAACCCACUCCACCUGUCCACAUGGUUCCAGCCAGAGCUGAUUAUUUCCCAUCUGAGGUGUCUUCACAGGGCACAGCCCCUGCCAAGGGUCUUGGUCAUUUGGAACGGGACACAGUGUCCCCUCUGGUCAGGGGUAUGUCAGGGAAGGAAGAGUGGGGCUUUUUUGUUUUGUUUUUGUUUUUUUUUUUUAAAGGUGCUUGCUUGUUUAAUGUAAAUAAUAGAAAGCCUUAAUAUCUUUUCUGUAACACGGAGUAAUAUUUUAAUGUCAUGUUUUGGAUGUACAUAAUAUAUUUAUAACAAAGCAGCAAGAGUCUACUUACCCUUGGCUGCCUUGUGGUAUUUCCUGGUUGGCUCUUGGGGAGAAGAGUGGUAACGGGGCCCAGUGGUGAGGCCUCACCCCACCCUAGCACCCCUCAGUCCUAGGCUCAGAGUGGGGCUUUGGCCACCAGAGACAGUGGAUUAAUGUUACCCACUCCCAGCACUCUGGAAGGCUCCCCAGUUGGGUGAGGAAGGGUCUUCAGCAGACCAUGAGGAGGAGGAUAAGGAAGGCUGGUCCCUGUUCCUGAAUUCCUUCAGCUGAUGUUCACUGGCACCUGGUGUGUCCCAGUUUCCGGCCUGGCCACCAGGGUGCAGCCAUGAACAAACCAACAAGGACCUGCUCUGGUGGUGUUAACCCCCUGGGGAGAGAGCAACAGUAAACAUAAGUGCACCUGGAAACACAGAUGGUGAUUUGUAAGGAGAGUCAAACAGGAUGGGAGCCAUCAGAAAAGCAGGGAGGGGCUCUGAGGGGACACUGGAACUGAGAUCCGGAGGAGGAGAUGGAGUUAGGUGGGGGAAGAGCUGAGGGAAGAAACCUCCUGACGAACAGCAAAGGCGCGGAGGCAGGAAGCUUGGAGUUUGUGACAGCGAGGCAGCAAUUGUGACUGGAGUAUAGGGAAUGAGGGGAAAGUAGGAGGAGAUGAAAAAAAAGGAGGAGAUGAGGUUGGAGAAAUAGGGCCUGGGUUGGGUCAUGUGCCUAUCUGUGAGCCAAUCACCUUGCUGGGGGGAGGGGGUAGUGAUGUGUUCUGAUUGGCCCCACCUGGAUCAUCCCUUCUCAAGCCACAGGGGCUAAGAGGACAGAGGGAUGGUUCCCAAAAGAAAAAUUAAGGUGUUCUUACCAAAGAAGUCGCUGGCAGGGCAGGCAGCCAAACUUGGGAGGAGCCCGGUAGGCAGCCUUGGGGCUGCAGGGGUUGGUUUCC